AUGCCGAGCAUAACCCCCGUCCUCGAGCCGUACAUCACGACGUACCCGCGUCUGCAGGCGGCCUACGACACGGCGGGGCACGCGAUCCCCACGCCAGUCGACGACGACACACUGUGCGAGCUCAGCGCGCUCGUCUGCUUCCUCCAGUUCCAUCGCUCGCCCGCGAAGGGCGCGCCCCUCGCCGCCGCGCUCAAGCUCCAGGCCGAGGUCAACGUGCUCGCGGUGGGCGGCGUCGCUGUCGCUGCCAACAACACGGAUAACGGCGCCGACGCGCUCGACCGUCACGCGGCGCAGCGCGCCGACGACCUCGCGGCCCGCGUCAACGACCUCGUUGACGCCCUCGCGAUCGCCCAGCUUGCCCCGCUCAACUGCGCGAGCCACCUGCUCCGCCAGCCCAUCAUCACGAUCACAGUGCCUGGCGUCCCCCUCCCGCCCGGCUUUCCUCACCAGUUUGACGACGCCAGCGCCAUCGCCGGCGUCAGCGAGGCCCAGCUCGCCGGAUACAUCACGUACCGCCGCGCCGGCUUCCCCGCGCGUCUCCUCCCUCCCGGUGUGGCACUUGCCCCGGUGCCCGCCACUGUCGAGAAGGACGACCUUGUGCGUGCCGUCCGCACGCUCCUCGGCCUCGAGUCCGUUACGCACUCGUGGUAGUCGUCCUGCGUUCAUAGUACGGCAUGGCCUCGACGUGUGCAGUAUAGGGGACGGAGGCGCAGUUUCGUAGAGUGUUCGUAGAGUGGCACCGACAUUGUACGUCCAGGCAGCAGUAGUAGAGUAACAUGUAACCAAG